AUGGAGCGAAGAGAACUAGCAGAGGAAGAAGAAGACGAGCUGGAUGCCAUGUGGGAAGAGCACACCGCCGACCUCGCCACAAAGCGCACCGUAGACGGCAAGAAGAAGAAGGCCAAAAAGGGCAAGCGCAAGCUCAAGGUCGGCGAAGUCGCCCACGACAGCGAAGACGAAUGGGAGGCCCUCAAGAAGAAGCGAGAAGAGAGAAAGGGUCUCAACGACAUUGUUCAUGCCCCGCCAACAUUCACAAAGACUCCAAGAGAAAUCUUCAAGGUUAAGAAUGGCGCCGGUGCAAAAGUGGCUAACAUACCCAAUUCCGCGGGUAGUCUGAGCAAGAGAGAGCAGUUGGGCGAGGAGCGCCAGAAAAUGAUUGAUGCUUAUCGCCAAAUGAUGGCUGCAAAGAAGGCCUGACAUGGGGUAAAAAUAACCUUUUAAAUAGAACAAGAACAAGAACAAGAAGGGCUCUAAUUAAUCCCAACUUGGAAAGAAACAAAAGUUUAAUGUCCAAACACUUUUCUCACUUCAA